AUGCGCGCCCAGUAUUUCUCGGCUCUCCUCCUCAGCGGCCUGGCCGCGGCAUGCCCCACGCCCCCGCGGCAGGCAUCGACGACUGCAGCGGCUCCGGCAGCUACCGCCACAGCCGGAGCUGGAUCGGGGUCCGGGUCAGGUUCCGGGUCUGGCGUUGACAUGGCGGCAGCCAUCAAAACCAUCAUGCCCACGUCCAACUCGUGCAGUGGCGCCAAGUUCCCCGACGAGUGCCGGACGGCCGAGCAGGCGGCGCCCUUCAUCUCCAAGGCGUGUGCCGACCUGAGCCCCGCUGAGUGUGCGGGCACCAUCUCCAUCAUGGGCCUCGAGAGCGCCGAGUUGAAGUUCAAGCACAACGUCUUCCCCGGCCGGCCGGGCCAGGGCACAGCCAACAUGAUGAUGGCCAAUUUUGUCUCCGAGUACGCGACAGACCUGUUCGGCGCGGACAAGGUGGCAGGCAAGAGCCCCGACGAGGUCCUCGCGCUGGUCACGCCCGACGAGACCAACUUCGGCUCGGCCGCGUGGUUCCUGACCAAGAAGUGCAGCGCCGACGUGCGCAGCUCGCUCAAAACGGGCACGGACGCCGGCUGGGUCGCGUACAACCAGUGCAUUGGCGUCGACGGGACACUCCCGGACCGGAUGGCGUACUGGACCCGGGCCAAGGAAGCCUUCAAGCUCUGA